CAGGCCAUCUUCCGGCCCUGGCGUCUACCGUUCGUGAUCGACACGUUGUCCAAGUACGGCAUCCGUGGACUCACGAAUACGACCGUCAAGGGUGUCGGAGUGCAGGGAGGCAGCCGCGAGCGUUACGCGGGCACCGAGUUCGGCCCCUCCAACCUGGUUGAGAAGGAGAAACUUGACAUCAUUGUUAGCAGGUCUCAGGUGGAUGCGGUUGUACGGCUAGUGGCCGCCUCGGCGUUCACCGGCGAGAUCGGCGACGGCAAGAUCUUCGUACACCCCGUGGCGGAGGUGGUGCGCAUUCGCACGGCGGAGACGGGUUUGGACGCCGAGAAGAUGGAGGGCGGCAUGGAGGACAUGAUGCGGCGGAAGAGGUGA